CCAGGCCACAACAGUGCGUUGCGGCGUCGCAUCGUAAAAACAACAUCGCACAGCUAUGCGAUGCGAUGUCGCAACGCAAAAAUUUCAUCGGAUACGACAUCGUACGUAAAGACGCUAACCAACGUUUCAGUUUCUAGUGAGACAUGGAUCGCACUGCGCGUGUUCUACUUCUGCUUGCGUUAAGGCGUAUUAAGAAAAAGAAACAGAAAAGAAAGUACUGGGUGCACCCAUUACUGACAAUUAUGAAUAAAGAUGGAAACCACUUCAAAAGGAAAUAUGAGGCGCUAAAAGUGGACGAGGUUAAAUUUUUCGAUUACUUUAGGAUGAGUGUAGGAAGUUUUGAAGAGCUUCUUAGUUUGAUAAAGCCUCAUUUACAAAAGAAAUACAUAUUUAGAAAACCCAUCGAACCUCUGGAGAUGCUGGGAUUAACUAUAAGGUACCUGGCGACGGGAAAUACUUUUAAAGAUAUGCAUUUCACAUAUUAUCGUGGAAAAUCUACAAUAACAGAAAUAGUAAAAUUUGUUUGUCGUAUUUUAUGGAACAUUCUUAAAAGGUUGGAAUUACCAAAAAUUACAACAGAGCUGAUGGAACAAAUUGCUCAAGAGUAUGAAAAAAAGACCAACUUUCCUAAUUGUAUAGGAGCGCUAGAUGGAAAACACAUUCGUAUAUUGAGCCCGGAUCACAGUGGAUCCCUAUUUUUCAAUUAUAAAAAUUAUAAUUCCAUUGUUCUAUUAGCACUUGUUGAUACGAAUUACAAAUUUAUAUAUGUCGAUAUAGGUGCAUAUGGUAAGGAAUGUGACUCCACUGUUUUUCAAAAUUCAAAACUAUACGACUUAUUAAAAAAAGGUCAAUUAUCUAUACCUCCGCCAAAACCGUUACCUGGCUUUCAAAAAGAAAUUCCUUUUGUCUUCGUGGCGGAUGAAGGAUUACCACUGACAAAUAAUAUAAUGCGCCCAUAUUCUGGGAAGUUUUUAUCGAUAGAAAAACGAGUUUUUAAUUAUCGUUUGAGCCGAGCCAGACGAUAUGUUGAGAGCGCUUUUGGCAUUCUCGCAAAUAAAUGGCGCAUAUUUCACCGACCCAUUAAUGUUUCUUACGAUUUCACAAUAGACAUUAUAAAAGCAUGCUGUGUAUUACACAACUUUGUAUUGAAUCGAGAUGGCGCACAAACGUUUGAAGAAAUGAUUAUUGACGAUUCUUUGCAAAUUUUACACGAAACAACACAUGAAAGUAGAACGGAAGCUAACAUAAUCAGAAACGAAUUUUGUAAUUAUUUUAAUAGUAACAUUGGAGCUCUAAGUUGGCAGUUAACGAAAAUAUAAAUGUUUAUAAGUACUUACCGAUUUUUGAUUUUUCAACAGUAUUUAACUCCUCAAAAUUUGAAUAUAAACUUGUACACACUUCCCUCCAUGCUUCUGUUUUUAAAUUUUUGUCUUUGAAUUGUGAUAUAGUUUUGUCCCAAAGGACGGGACGUUCGUAAAUUAAAGAUAUCAGGUGGUCGACAUCGUACUCCGCCAUAUCGCUUAAAAAACACGUGCAGGUCGUUCAAAGUAUGGACACCGACUAAACGGCAACGCGUUGUCGCAUCGCAGAUUUGUACGUUGCGCAGCGCAUCGGAUUUUCCACGAUGCGUUGUGCGGCGUCGUUGAUUUUUGCGAUGCGACGCCGCAACGCACAGUUGUGGCCUGGUCCUACCGUUGCACGGCAAACGGCGCCGCACCGUAGACAUGGGUCCACGCCCAUACGAAAGUAAUUGAAAAAUUUUUUUUCGUUCUCUCGUAAACGUGGAUAGAGUGUAUAAAAAUCUCCCUCUUGUUCUCUAUACAUUAAUAUUUCUUCAACCCACACUGAACGUAUCUUUCUUUUUCGUUGUUGUCGGCGACGGCGGCGGAGUAAAAGCAAUAACAGUGUUUCUUCCUCGGAAUCCAUUUUGCAACUGGCUCCUAUACCACGACUACUAGUACGCGGCAUUCUAAUACUGCAAACGUCGCCUGUCAACGGCAGCUGUUGCCGCCUAUCGGCGGCAGCCGUCGACGUAUUGACUGCUGCCGCCGACACGUCGACGGCUGCGGUGGUACCCUGCCGUCGACACCAUGCCGUUCGUCUGUAUGCGCUCUUAGUCAAAGGUCGAUGAUCCGUAAAAAUCGUGAAUUCUCUUCCUUCGAUCAAUCUUUGAAAAUGUUUGACUGCCAUAUAUAUUCCGAGUAAUUCUCUAUCGAAUGUUGAAUAUUUCUGUUGUGCAUCACUUAAGUUUUCUUGAAAAAAAUCCUAAUGGUUCCCAAAUGCGUCCCUUUUUUUGUUGUAGAACUGCGCCAACACAGGUAGCGCUGGCGUCCGUCAUGAGUGCCAGUUGUCUUCCAGUGAGUCGGAAGUUGCUCGAAGUCCUAGUGAGUCAGGAGUGAGCCGUUGCGUUGCUCGUAGUCUGCGGUGAGUCGAGACAGUAGAGAGCGAAGUCGACUUGUUGGCGCCGGAAGAUAUCGUGCAGAGCUGCCACGCUGGAGAGAAGAGCGGCCGUCGAAGAGAUCCAGGCGUGGGCUGCGGUCGAUGCGUCGGUCGCUGAAGUCGAUUAAGGUCAUAGCUCAUUAGAGCCACCCGGCACUCACUCCGCACCGCCUCGUCGCACGGCGUCAACUCGUUGUCGACAGGUGGUCCACGGGUGGACACCGUGUUAUCACCAAUAAACGUCGCGCGGUCAACCAGUGGACCUCGCAUCGUCACCCAGUGGACCCCGCGCUGGCCGCUGGUGGACGCCGCGUGGUCUACGACUGGAGACCGGUUAGUCCAGGAAUUUUCGUGUAGUCUGUUAACAAUUGGCACUACGUCUACACGUGCGCUUCAUAAUGUUAAAUUUUACAAACCGUGAAUUGGCACUCAUAGCUGUAGCGCUUGAUGCAGAAGAAAAUGAAAGACCCAAGAGAAAAAGGAAAGCUUAUUGGGUGCACGAAAUGUUUAAACAAAGAAAAAAAGAGGGCGAAUAUUGGACAGCUCGUAGGCAUUUGCUAGCCGACGAGAAAAAAUUUUUUUCCUACUAUCAUAUGCCGCAAAGUGUGUUUUAUAACAUACUGUCUCAUAUUGAAGACUCCAUAUCUAAGCAAAACACAAGAUUCAGAGAAGCGAUCACACCCGAAGAGAAAUUGGCUGUGACUUUAAAAUAUUUGACGAGUGGCACUUCAGUCAGAAAUUUAUCUACAAGCUUUAGAUUAGGCGAAACAACUAUUAGGUCAAUAAUUAAGGAAGUGUGCAAAGCUGUUAUUGACAAAAUGAUGAGUGUUUAUAUGCCAACGCCUACAGCUGAAGAUUGGGAAAAAAUUACGGAAGGGUUUAAUGACAGGUGGAAUUUCCCAAACUGCAUUGGUGCCAUAGAUGGCAAGCAUAUAAAUAUAAUAGCUCCACCCAACAGCGGAUCGCUCUACUACAACUAUAAAAAACAUUUUUCGAUAGUUCUCUUGGCCAUAGUCGAUAAUAGAUACAGAUUUACAGUUGUUGACAUCGGUGCUUAUGGCAAAAACAGCGACGGUGGUAUUUUUGCAUCUUCAAAAAUUGGAAAACGAAUUCAAAAUAAUAGGUUCAAUAUUCCAAGUGACAAAGCAUUGCCCGGGACAAACGUAGCACUUCCACAUGUUUUCGUGGGCGAUGAGGCAUUUCCGUUACAAAAGAACAUAAUGAGGCCAUAUUCUCGUUCUCAACAACUAUCUCAGGACCAAAAAGAAUUUAACAAUCGCCUGUCACGCGCACGCAAAGUAGUCGAAGAUGCAUUCGGAAUAUUAUACCAAAAGUUUGAAAUAUACAAUAAAAAUAUUCGUUUAAAUCCAGACAUGGUUGAUAAUGUUGUUUUGACAACAUGUAUAUUGCAUAAUGUAAUGCGAACUUAUAAUAUCGAAAGUAACGAAGAGUACUGUUCCAGACCCAGGCCAGCGCAUCAUAACCUGCAUCAGGAGGCGUUCAAUGAUCUACGUCACAUUGGUGGAAACACUACUGCUUUUAACAUACGUGAUUUGUUUGCUGCUUAUUUCAAAUCAUCGGUUGGACAGCUUCCAUGGAAUACUUAAUUUGCUUACUCGUAUUAUCAAUUUUUUUAUGAAUCACUAAUCAUCAAAUGUCAUAUAUGUGGAUGUCUAGUUAAUAACGAAUUAUGUGAAAGUACCUUGUUUCACAUAACAACGUUUGAAACAAUAUGGUCUCUUGUUUGAUUUACAUUGUAGGUUACAUAUCAUUUUUGUCCAUUACUAGCUUGCAAUGUUACCAAAUUAAAAUUAGACUAAAUGAACAUUAUGCAAAACAAGGGACAACCGAAUUAAGCACCAAUCUGUUGUACUAUCUUUUAUUUAAUAUUUUUAAUACAUAAAUAAUAUCCGUUACCUGUUACCGCUAAGGUGUUGCUUAUUUCUGUCCAUGCUUCUUCCUUUUUUACAUUGUCACUGUACUUCGAGUCACUUAGAUCAUAUAAUAAAGUAUAUUUACGAACUUCUUCGAUAAGUUUUUCUUUAUUCAUUUUAAAAGUAAAAACGAUACGUCCGCCUUGUUCGAAAGAAAGGCUGGGAAUGAUGGGAGGGUGGGGAGCGGCGCAUUGCCAACGCAUCGCCCUCGAGUGAAUCACUGGCAGGCAGCGCGCGGUCCACUCGUCGGCAACGCGCGAUCAACGUGCGGCAAGCAUGCGAGUUGCGAGUUGUCACCGAGUGGUCCACUCGCCGCCCGCGCGUGGGCAACUUGCGAGCGAGGCGAUCCGGAGUUGAUGUAAUGAGCGUAUAUCCAUAGAAAUCCAUACAAACAAUAUCAACCGCACUAGUUGAGGCGGUGAGGGUCGGGUGCCGGGUGGCUCUAAUGAGCUAUGACCUUUAAGGUCUUCGCACAUUAUAACAACUCCACGCCAACGCGGCAGCAACUCUACUCACACUCUAGAUGAGUAGUCAACUAGUUGAUCCACCCAAUGGUCACUAGUGGACAACGCGGUGUCAAGGAGUGGCCAACGCGGUGCCAACGAGUGGGUAAUGCGUAUUCAACAGACAACUCGUCUAACCUCAGUUUUCGGUUAAAUUUUGUCCAAAGAAGUCGUGUUGCUUAUGAAAUGUCGAACUUUACAUUCACUGAACUGGCGAUUAUAGCUAUUAUAUUUGAUAAUGAAAAUGAACGAAACAGCAGGAAAAGAAGAUAUUGGGUACAUGAUAUGUUGCGACAAAGGAAAUCAGAAGGGGAAUAUUGGAAUAUCCGGAAACGUCUGCUAGAUGACGAAGAAAAAUUCUAUAUCUAUUUCCGUAUGCCGAGAUACUUGUUUUAUUAUAUACUUAAUAUUAUUGAGGACGACAUCUACAAAAGAAACACGCGAUUUAGAGAAGCUGUAUCACCGGAAGAAAAGCUGGCAGUGACAUUAAGGUACUUGAUUAGUGGCUGUUCAUUUAGGACUAUGAGUUCAACCUUUCGGUUAGGCGAAAGUACCAUCCGGUCGAUAUUAAAAGAUGUGUGCAAUGCGAUUAUAAAUACAAUGAAGGGGAAGUUCAUGCCCACACCUACUACCGAAGACUGGAAAAGAAUCGCAGAUGGUUUCAAUAAAAAAUGGAAUUUUCCAAACUGUAUAGGUGCCAUCGACGGCAAACAUGUAAACAUAAUUGCCCCUCCUAGCAGCGGCUCGCUAUUUUUUAAUUAUAAAAAACACUUCUCUAUCGUCCUCAUGGCUAUCGUCGAUGAUAAAUACAGAUUUAUAGCUGUCGAUAUAGGGGCCUAUGGCAAGAAUAGUGAUGGCGGAAUUUUGGCAUCGUCAAGAUUAGGAAGAGCGAUUGAAAUGAAUACAUUUAAUAUUCCAACUGCCACACCAUUACCUGGUACUGAAAUAAUAAUGCCACAUGUUUUUGUAGCCGACGAAGCGUUUCCUUUAAAAUGGAAUUUAUUGCGACCAUAUCCACGUUCAAGUGGCAUUUCAGAAAAGGAAAGAAUAUACAAUAAUCGCUUAUCGCGAGCUCGCAGAGUAGUUGAAAACGCGUUCGGCAUCUUAUAUCAAAAAUUUGGAAUUUAUAAUAAGAAUUUGCAUUUACACCCAAAAUAUGUUGAUAUUGUGGUCUUUGCGACGUGUAUUUUACACAAUGUCAUGCGGUGUUAUAAUAUAACAUCCGAUGAUGAACUCAACACAAGGCAGAGUUCGGCCAAUAAUGAUGAUGAACAGAGAUUACUAAGUAAUCUAAGUACAAUUCCAGAAGAUAUAAGUGAAUCUUCGGCAUCUGCUUUUGAAACUCGUGAUAUGUUUGCAACUUAUUUUCAAUCUCCCGAAGGACGAGUUCCGUGGCAGCAUUUAAUAUAGAUCAUGGAUAAUUAAUAUGUAAUAAUCGUAAGAAGUUGGUUAUAAUAUUAUUGGCUUAUUAAGAAUAUUAAACAAGUUUCUAUACUAA